CAAGAAAGAACAGCUGAAAACAGUGAUUUCCGCUGCCACAUGGUGCAGGCUUCGUUCAGCUGCUGCGGUAUCACAACUGAGCGAUACCACGAUUGGGGUCACAACAUCUAUUUCAACUGCUCGCCGUCGAACCCGAGCACAGAGCGCUGCUCGGUUCCCGCCUCCUGCUGUCGGCCACUGGAAGGCGAGAACCUGAGCCUUGAAACUCGCCUGAAGCGCCGCUUCUGUGGUUCCGGAGUGCUCUCCAUGACCGAACAGCAAGCCUGGCAAAAGAUCCACACGCGCAGUUGCGUAGAUGCUUACGUGUCGUUCAUGCGCGCCAACGCACUCAUCAUGAUCGGCAUCGGCUUCGUCGCUUACGUGGUGCUCACCGUGCUGAGCAGCAUGGCGAACACGGUCCACGACGAGGUCGUCUCGCUGACGCGCCUCUACGACAAGUACUACCACAGGAUGGCGAAGGGCGCGCGUAAGUCCCUGGCACAGCGGGAAGCGCUGCAACAAGUACGCGCAGCCAGGGACCACCUUAUCAAGAAGAAGUCGAAGCCGGGGCGCCAGUAUUCUGUCAGCCGGAUGACGUCGAAAGCCAGCUGGCGUCCACCACCCGCUUACGACCAUAUGCUUGCCCGUCGAGAAUCGCAGUACUACGGGGCGCCUGCAAAGAGCGGCCCUACUGCUGAAGCGGCUCUUUAAUGAACCACAGUUUGCAAUAAUGCACCACUUACAUUCGCUUUUGUGCAGAUAUAUAUGGAGUGUUCUAGCUUUGA